GGCUACGUGUUCGACGUGUACUCCAAAAUUUCUUUUUACAGAACGGUACAAUUCGGACGGGAAAGUGGCAUUUGUGAGUCGGAGUUCACGAAAAAAACAAGCAACAAAAUACAAAACUGUGAUUUACGUUUAGUGUAGUUAUAAUAGAAAACCCUUCGAGAUGGGGAUUAAAUUCCUUGAGGUGAUUAAGCCGUUUUGUAGUAUUCUACCAGAAAUUGCUAAGCCAGAAAGAAAGAUCCAGUUUAGAGAAAAAGUACUAUGGACUGCAAUCACCCUGUUCAUCUUUUUAGUAUGCUGUCAGAUUCCUCUUUUUGGUAUAAUGAGCUCAGACUCAGCAGAUCCCUUCUACUGGAUUCGUGUGAUUUUGGCCUCAAAUAGGGGUACCCUUAUGGAACUUGGUAUUUCUCCCAUUGUAACUUCCGGACUGAUUAUGCAACUUCUCGCUGGUGCUAAGAUUAUUGAAGUUGGCGAUACACCAAAAGACAGAGCACUUUUUAAUGGGGCCCAAAAAUUAUUCGGAAUGGUCAUAACCGUCGGUCAAGCCAUCGUCUACGUAAUGACCGGAAUGUACGGUGACCCGGCAGAAAUCGGCGCUGGCGUCUGCUUGCUGAUCAUCAUCCAAUUAUUCGUCGCCGGUCUUAUCGUACUUCUACUGGACGAACUCCUGCAAAAAGGCUACGGCUUAGGUUCCGGAAUUUCACUGUUCAUCGCCACCAACAUUUGCGAAACGAUCAUCUGGAAAGCAUUCUCUCCUGCCACAGUAAACACCGGCAGAGGAACCGAGUUCGAGGGAGCGGUGAUCGCGUUAUUCCACUUGCUCACCACCAGACAAGACAAAAUCAGAGCGCUACGUGAAGCUUUUUACCGUCAAAACUUACCCAACCUGAUGAACCUUUUGGCGACGAUCUUAGUGUUUGCUAUAGUGAUAUACUUCCAAGGAUUCAGGGUGGAUUUGCCGAUCAAGAGCGCGAGGUACCGCGGCCAGUACUCCAGCUACCCAAUCAAACUCUUCUAUACCUCCAACAUCCCGAUCAUCCUGCAAUCCGCGUUGGUUUCCAACUUAUACGUUAUCUCGCAAAUGUUGGCGGUCAAGUUCCAAGGCAAUUUCCUGAUUAACUUCUUGGGAGUGUGGGCUGAUGUGGGCGGGGGCGGUCCGGCCAGGUCCUACCCUAUCGGCGGCUUAUGUUACUACUUAUCUCCACCCGAAAGUGUUGGUCAUAUAGUGGAAGAUCCCGUACACGCCCUACUUUAUAUUAUCUUCAUGUUGGGUUCUUGCGCCUUCUUCUCCAAGACCUGGAUCGAAGUUUCUGGAAGUUCCGCUAAGGAUGUCGCCAAACAAUUGAAGGAACAACAGAUGGUCAUGAGGGGCCACAGGGACAACUCGAUGAUCCACGAGUUGAAUCGUUAUAUUCCGACUGCGGCAGCGUUCGGCGGUUUGUGUAUCGGAGCGUUGUCGGUACUGGCGGAUUUCCUUGGUGCCAUCGGGUCCGGUACUGGUAUUUUAUUGGCCGUAACGAUUAUUUAUCAGUACUUUGAGAUUUUCGUUAAAGAACAAAGCGAAAUGGGCAGUAUGGGCGCCUUACUUUUUUAAAUAAACAGCCAGUGAAGAAGUAUUGCGGGACAAGUGUGCGAUGAUGCUUAAGUAGCAAUCUGAGAAUGUGUGCGUGUUUUGUAUUCAUAGUGAGGGUCAAAAUGGUUUUUUUGAAACUCUUUUGUAUAUCAAAGUACAAGUUUUUUUUGUACUAUUACUGAUGCAGAUUUGUUGGAAUACACUCUUAUUAUUAGUAGUAAAAUAUAUUUUCAUUGUAUAUUUACAUGUUUUGCGUUUCGAUUUGCUCCUCUUUUUUUUUUUUAGUUUUUUACACCAUUGUCAUUUUCCAUGUUCAUUUAUGGUUGUAUAUGAUUUUUGUUAUAAGAGAUAAUUUAUUUAAUAAAAGUACUUUUACGAAAAUUUUUAUA